AGCAGAGCUGUGAUGCAGACAGCGAAUCACAUGAGCUGGGAUCUGUUUACAAACCGAGAGGCUGUGGGAGAGAAGUGGAGAAGGGAGAGGAGGAGAGUGAAUGUGAGAGGAAAAGACAGGAGGAGAGCCUGGAUAUGCAUUAACAUUAGCCGCAUUGUCUUCCUGUGUUGCGUACCUCUCUGUGGUCUUUGUUUGGAGCAGAAGCCUGGGGAAGACAUGAGACGCUGCUUUCCACAGGAGCACUGAGGCUGCCUGCCUCUCGGUCGCCUCGUUGGCUGGCCCUGCUGCUGGGAAGCCCAUCCACGUCCUUCCCUUUGUGUCUCCAUAAUUGGCGAAGGCAGGUUUUCACAGCCAGAGAAGAAGAAUAAAGCGACGUGGAGAUCUAAAAAGAGAGGAGAGAAGAAAGGAAGAGGAGGAAAGGAGGGAGAGCCUCGUGACAAUGUUUUGAAGGGGAGGCUAAAGAAAAAAGCAGGGAUUGCUCGACCAGAGGCACAUAACAGUGCUGGAUGGGAUUUGGAGUAUUGGAGUAUUUUUUUACCCAUUAAGCUCACAGGGUCAUCUCAAAGGCUGCUGUCUUUGUCUUUGAGUGGCAAAUCCUCACUGCAGCUGGUUAUUUUGGUAAUGUCUUCUGGAGAAAAUGGGAGUCUCUAAUCAGUUCUGCUUACUCUAGACCACAAGGAUUUAAGCCACUGCACAUUCUCUGAACUAUCAUAGCUUGUGUUUUUUGUGGAAACCAGACUUUGUGGUAUUGGAGAGAUCAUGACCCCACAGAUUUUUUAGGUUUACCAACCGAACAUUCGCACAUUUGAUGCAUCCAGUCCCAUGGUGUAACGGGUCUGCGUGUGACGUCGGACUGCAGAACGGCAAGAUGACAUCUGAAGAGCUCUUCCACCUGCCGCUCAACAUCUACAUCAUCAUCCUGGGCAUCGGCCUCUUCAUCCUCAUGCUCACGCUCUUCUUCUGUUGCUACCUGUUCAGGCUCAGGAGACAAGGUGCAAGAGAAGAAUUCGGCUACAACGAGGUUGUUUUGAAAGGAGCGGGGAAGAAACUGAGCCUUCUUGGUCAAACGUGUGCCGUGUGUUUAGAGGAGUUUCGCAGCAGGGACGAGCUCGGAGUGUGCCCGUGUUCCCAUGCCUUUCACAAGAAGUGUCUGCUAAAAUGGUUAGAGAUUCGCAGUGUCUGCCCCAUGUGCAACAAGCCCAUUUGUCGCCUCCAGCCCAACCCCCCCCCACAAGCACCUGAGCGGCCACAGAGUCUCCUGGAGGUCUGAGAGGGGAUCAUAUGUCUCAAAGCACCUGUCCACAUAGUUGACAUCUUGCCACCUGUAGUUUUAGUAAUGCAUUUCUUCAAGUCAGAGCUACUCUGGAAGUAGAACUUAUAAUUGUCUGAGUUAAAAAGUAAGUGCAGAGUCUAAAGAACCUACCUGGUAAACCAUAUGGGGGGGGGGGGGGAUUGUAACACUGAGACAGAGGUGGUAUUGCUAAUUCAUGAUAGGAUACUGCAAUCUUCAGUACAUAGCCAGAUGUUUAAGCUAAGUGCCUUAAAGCUGCAGAUCUUCUUAAUGAGAGACUACACCCGUCAGCAUUGGGCAUAAUGAUGAGGAUUCAUGCGUGCAUGGAACCCAGUUUACUCCUCAUUAUGGAUAAGUUAUGUAGGAAAUGGUGAAUGAGUUGUGGGCAAUUGUCCUGAAUUGUCUGGCGCCACUUAAUUGCCAAGCUAACAGUGAGACAUCCACCCUAAACUCCGGGCUUCAGAAAGCUCCUUAUUAAUUCUACUUCGACAGUCUGUUUGGUAACAAGAUUACCUUUUUAAAAAUGGGCUUCAGUUUACUCAAUUACGUGUCUUGCGGCAAAACUUCGCCUACUGAAGUUUGAUUUGGUUAUCUGUUGAGGAGAAACUUUGGGGAGGGAGAUAGAAAUGAUGUUACAGCACAGAUCAACCCUACUAAAAAAAAAGAUGUCUGCCUCCAGAGCAGCUCUGUUUCUGGGAAACGUCAGUCUCAACAACAAAAAAAUGACAUGCAGUGCCCCAUGAAUAGGAUGCGUCUGAGUCUUUUGCCGCAAUUUAAGAGCCUGAAGCUUGGAACGAAGAAGAUUCAACCCCCGGACAUGCAGCUUUGAUGAUAUCCAAAAAUCUUUGGGUUACUGCUGCCCCAAAGGUGAUGGCGAAUACAGAGACUGUGAUGAAAGGAGGACUUUUAACAAAACAGGACAAAUGUAAACUAACAGGAAACAGGACUGUGUGUAUUUAAGCUGCAAUCUUUCAUUGUCUGAGCUGAGUGAAGAUAAUGAAGCACUAAAUUGCAAGGCAUAUAUUGUCAUAUAGGAUCUGAUAAGGCGACUACAAUUAAUGGCCAACCAGUACAUUAACACAUGUAUAUAUAUAUGGUUUAAGUUAUUUCUAUGAAAUUUUUUGUAUCGUAACAGGCUUUCGGUUAAAGGUAUUGUGCGUCAGUGAUGCUAAAGCACGUUGAAUGUCAUUUGUCAGUAGUAAUAGUUGGAUGUCGUUGUUGCCAGUGGGACAGAUGACAUCUUAGCUCUGCUCUGUACUGUGGUGACAUAAAUAGACACACUGCACUGAUAUCAAGAGCCUGUUGGAGCUGGUUUCUUGUCUGGGUGAGGUGCACCAUAAACAGCGGUCUCUGUACGUAACAUGUAAUAUAUCAUGGUGUAAAUUGUAAAUGCAAUUUUCUGAUUAUAGAAGAAAAAUAUACAUAACUGGUGUUUUCAUAUAGUCAUUUGGAUCCAAGUCUUUUUUUUUUUUUUUGUUUUACCACAUGUUGACACUUGAUACAGUUCAUUUGUAAGGUGUUGUAAUAUGCCGAAGGUUACUAUUAGUAACUAUCGUACUAUUGGUGCCCUAUCUUUGUUUUAGAUGGUUUUGGUUGAACUGUGUGUGAAUGUGACGGACCGAUUUCCACCAAUAAGGUGCCACAUCUGAUCGGAUCUAAAUGUGCCU